UUCUCGAUUUGCUACUUUUUAUUCGUUAAUUUCUCGAAUGAGGAAAAUUAUAUUUCGUUAGGAAGUAGAAAAAAGUCCAAAAACUAUCAAUCAAAAUAAAUAUUCAUCAAUCUAUUCAUAUAUUCAAAAAUUAAAUAAACUUUUAUAAAAUAUUACACACCGUUCAAAAUAAAUCGAAAACGACUGUGAUUUUUUUCUGUCGAGACUUGAAGUUUGUUAAUUGCAUUAUUUUUUUUUCAUUUUCAGUUUUUAUAGCAAAACUUUUUUUAAAACUUCAACUUUGCAUCGUUUACUUUGGAUUCAUUAAUUACAAGCUUUUUAAUUAACUUUCUGCAGUAUUAAGAUGUUGGUCAGACUUGGCUCACUUAUUUUCUUGGCUAGCAUCGUGAUCAGUUUUACAACAAUCCAGGCUGAUGACGAAUUCCCUCCUCCUCACCCAGAUACGGAGUACAACCGUCUGCUUGACUACGUGUUCAAAGUGAACAAGUACAACCCAGUAGCCAGACCAGUCCAAUCUGUUCACAAUGUAACCGAAGUGUCGCACCAGUUUGCCAUUCAGCAGAUCAUCAACAUUGAUGUGAAACAAGAACAGAUGACUGUCCUGUUCUGGCAACGCAUGACGUGGGUUGACAGCACCAUUUCGUGGCGUCCGGAGGACUUCGGCAACAUCUCCCAUUUCACUAUUUCACCCCAUCACAUUUGGAUACCCGACAUUGUUGUCUACAACAGAGUGGGUAACUUUGACGAGAACAAGAAGAGUACGAUUCCAUUGAUGGUGUACAGUGAUGGAAGGGUGAAGUGGAACAAACCCAUGCUACUCAUCUCCACAUGCAACAUACACAUCAGGCACUUUCCCUAUGACAGACAAAGAUGUGACAUCAAGAUCGGCUCGUGGAUCCAUUCGGCCAAUGAGAUCACAAUCAACAACAACCAGGGAUUCAUGGACGAAAACCACUACAUUUUGAAUGGGGAGUGGCACUUGGUGGGCACUGUGGCCAAGUUCAACCGGGCUGUGUAUGACCACAUUCCAUACACAGACGUGACCUACUCGGUCCAUCUGCAGAGGAGACCCAAGUUCUACGAGAAGAACAUCGUCAUACCCACUGCCCUCAUCAGUCUUUUGGCGACGUUGGUGUUUCUGCUGCCGCCGGAAAGUGGGGAGAAGAUUGGGUUGUCAAUCACUGUGUUCCUGGCCUUGUGCGUCAACCUGCUCCUAGUCGCCGAGAUGAUGCCCGCAACGUCCCUCGAGACACCCAUCAUAGGGGAGUACUAUUUGAUCUCUAUUAGUAUGGUGGCCAUGUCCCUAGUGGCCACAGUCGUGGUUCUCAAUGUCCAUAAUCCACACUCCAACGCCGCCAAACCACCCAGAAUUAUAACCUUCAUUUUCUUCGACUGCAUUGGACGACUAGUUUUCAUGACUCGGAAAAAAGAGGAGAAAACAAAAGCAACGAGACCUAAUUCAAAAACCAGCAAGCAACGAAUGACGACUGUCUACUCGACUGUAAAAGCCGACAGCGCCUUCGACUUCACCAACGGUCAUUGUCGCGAAUAUUACCCCGAGCUGCGAGACGUGCCCAUUUUCCGAACACCCGAACGGAUCUCUACCUUGCGGCAUCCUGCAAAUCACUCGGAUGUGAAUAUAAACUAUCUCUCACACGAGAUGAACUUUAACCGAAUAGAGGCCGAGUGUCAGGUAUUACGUAAUGACAAGAGUUUUGUUAUGCAACAUAGUAAGUGGAAUCAGUCGAGCCGUAAUGUGGAAAAUUCCCCUGGAGGACAGCAAGAUGGCAGCUCGGAGUUGAAAUCUGUUUUGAGAGGAUUCGAUCAGCUUCUAAAAAGGCUAGACACCUUAGUGGAUAAGUCUUCAGGCAAGGACGAAUCGGACAGGAAUGAUAUAAUUGAGGAGUGGCACUUUCUUGCCAGAGUGCUGGAUCGUCUGUUCGCCAUACUGUCCAUAGUCAUCAUCCUCGUGGCCACAAUUGUACUCAUUUAUGAAGCCAGAAAUCAAGUCAACAUACCGAAAGGUCACUGAAGGCCAUGUGAACAAACUUUUUUAUCCACGAGAAAAUCAUGAACACAUUGUAUCUCUUU